AUGGGAUAUGGGCAAAGUCAAAACAUAAAGAUACGAGCUUUCAACAUCUUCGAAUCGGCGUUGGCAUCAAUUGAUGCGAUUCAUUGUGUUGUGAUGGCAAACAAGUUCAAUUCUGGGGACAAUAGAACUCGCCGUUUUGUGUCAAUUUUUAUAGUAGCUGGUCUAUGUUGUUUCUUCUACUUACUGGGAGCAUGGCAGAGAAGUGGGUUCGGAAAGGGAGACACUAUAGCAGUGGAGAUGACCAAGAGCGGAGCGAACUGCAACAUCCUCCCAAACCUCAAUUUUGAAACCCAUCAUGGCGGUGAAGCUGGAAUAAUUGACGAUUUCGAUUCAAAAGUGAAAACUUACAAGCCGUGCCAUCCUCGCUAUACUGAUUACACGCCCUGCCAAGAUCAAGCACGUGCUAUGACCUUUCCCAGGGAAAAUAUGAUUUAUCGUGAGCGGCAUUGCCCUCCUCAAGACGAAAAGUUACAUUGCCUAAUUCCGGCACCGAAUGGUUAUGUAACUCCAUUUCCAUGGCCAAAGAGUCGUGAUUAUGUUCCCUAUGCCAAUGCCCCAUACAAGAGCUUGACAGUUGAGAAGGCUAUUCAGAACUGGAUUCAGUACGAAGGCAAUGUGUUUAGGUUUCCUGGUGGAGGAACUCAAUUUCCUCAAGGAGCUGAUAAAUACAUUGAUCAGCUUGCUUCAGUGAUACCAAUCGAAAAUGGAACUGUUAGGACUGCAUUGGACACUGGUUGUGGGGUUGCAAGUUGGGGUGCAUAUCUUUGGAAGAGAAAUGUUUUAGCAAUGUCAUUCGCGCCAAGGGACUCACAUGAAGCCCAGGUUCAGUUUGCUCUUGAAAGGGGUGUUCCUGCUGUAAUUGGUGUUCUUGGAACAAUCAAGAUGCCAUAUCCAUCAAGAGCUUUUGACAUGGCUCACUGUUCUCGCUGUCUAAUUCCUUGGGGAGCAAAUGGCGGAAUUUACAUGAAGGAAGUUGAUCGUGUUCUUAGACCUGGUGGCUACUGGGUGCUGUCAGGCCCUCCCAUCAAUUGGAAGACAAACUUCAAAGCAUGGCAGCGCCCUAAGGAGGAGCUUCAGGAAGAACAAAGGCAGAUUGAAGAGACUGCUAAGCUUCUCUGCUGGGAGAAGAAAUCUGAGAAGGGGGAAAUUGGUAUAUGGCAGAAGAAAACGGAUGCCGAUUCAUGUCAUGCCUCACAAGAAAAUUCAGGAGUUACAUUUUGUAAAUCUGAAGAUCCCGAUGAUGUUUGGUACAAGAAAAUGGAACAGUGCAUUACUCCAUACAACAAUGCUAACAGGGAUGAAAGCUCUAGUGGAGAUCUCAAGCCAUUCCCCGAGAGGCUUUAUGCUGUUCCCCCCAGAAUUGCCAGUGGGUCAGUUUCUGGAGUCUCCGUCGAGUCAUAUCUCGAGGACAAUAGAGAAUGGAAAAAGCAUGUUAGUGCAUAUAAAAAGAUCAACAAAAUCAUUGACUCUGGAAGGUACCGCAACAUUAUGGAUAUGAAUGCUGGAUUGGGAGGUUUUGCUGCUGCCCUUCAUUCUCCCAAAUUUUGGGUUAUGAAUGUUGUGCCCACUAUUGCUAAAACAAAUACCCUGGGUGUUAUAUAUGAACGAGGACUGAUUGGUAUAUAUCAUGACUGGUGUGAAGCUUUCUCUACAUACCCAAGGACGUAUGACCUGAUCCAUGCUAAUGGUGUUUUCAGCUUAUACAAGGACAAGUGUGACUUUGAAGACAUUCUUUUAGAGAUGGACCGGAUUCUGCGGCCAGAAGGUGCCGUUAUAUUGAGGGAUGAAGUUGACGUGCUUGUUAAGGUGAAGAAGAUGAUAGGAGGUAUGAGAUGGGACUUCAAACUGAUUGAUCACGAGGAUGGUCCCCUCGUUCCACAGAAAAUACUGGUUGCAGUUAAACAGUAUUGGGUUGGAAACUCCACUUCCACGCAGUGA